AUGGACGGACUUGACGAUUUCGAGAAGCAGCUUGCUGCUGAGAAGGCCGAAAGAGAACGAGCAGAAGAGCGUGCGGAGAGACGGGAAAAGAAACAUAGGCAUCGCCACCAUCAUCGACGCUCGAGAUCGCCAGACAGGCGUGACCGUGAUCGAGACGACAGAGACGACAGGGAGAGGGCCAAAGACAGAGACGGCCAUAGAAGCAGGCACCAUCGCUCUCGGGAGCACGAUUCAGAUGAUGGUCACCGACAUAAGCGGUCUCGACACUCGAAACGAGACGACGACGGCGACUCUGGGAGGCACCGACACAGACACAGGGACAGAGAGCCGGCUGGAAAUGAAGAGCCAGACUUUAUUGCAUCUACAGAUGCUAAAGAGAAGCUUCCCAUACCAGACGAAGAGCUACCCCGAGACGAAGCCACGCCUCUCGAGAGGGACUCCUGGAUGACCGGCGCAAUAGACAUCGACUACAUCCAUCGCGGCAAGAAGGAGAAGACGCCGCCUCCGAAGCAGGUUCCGGAGCGUGUAAUCCACCAUAGAGAGUUGAACACAGGCCUGGGAGAUGGCAGUAAUGCUUCAGCGAAUUCCCGGGACGAAACCACGAGCGAGGUGGACUAUACAUUCGGCGAUGAGGGUUCUUCGUGGCGAAUGACAAAACUGAACGCAGUCUACAGGGUAGCAGAACAGACUGGCCGUUUGGUGGACGAAGUGGGCGAGGAGCGUUUCGGAAACCUGAAGGAAUUCGAUGAUGCGCGGGAGGAGAAGACUGAGAUGGAUAGACGCAAAGUCUAUGGAGAGGGCUACAAGGGCGCAGAGAAGCCUACUGGGGGGUUGUAUCGAGAGCGCAUGGCCAGAACCCGUCCGCCACCGCAAGAAGAAGCCAUUGGCCCAGACGACGAGCCAGAGCAAGGGAUUGUCAUGGAGGAUGCCGUUCCUCCUGUCGACCAGACAACCCUCAACCGCAUGCGCGCACAAGUAAUGAAGGCAAAACUACGAAAGGCGCCGGACGCUGCAAAACUCGAAGAGGAGUACAAUGCGGCCUUGGCUCGCUUCAACGGUACAGCUAGUGGGGACAAGGCCGUGGUACUGGACGCGACUCACAGUCGAAUGCUCGCUGGAACCAGAAAUGAAGUGAAGGCAAUUGACAACAAGCGCGGACGAGAGCGUGGCACGGUUGAGGCGAACGAGGAUAUGAGCAUCGAUGAUAUGGUCCGCGAAGAGCGGCGCACCAGGGGCCAAGCAGGCGGCGAGGGCGUCCGACUUGCAGAGCGCAUUGCCAAAGAUGCUAAGUUCGACGACGACUUGGAGUAUCUUGACGAAAACGCCGAAAAGCUCGCCAAGCGCGUGCACAAGUCUGAAAUUAACCUCAAGAACAUGGCAGUGAGCGAGUAUCAGAAGAUGAACAAAGUCCUUGAGACUUGCCCACUAUGCCACCAUGAAGACCGGCAGCCACCUCAGGAUUUGCCUAUUGCACCCAUACUUGCACUUGGAACGCGCGUGUACCUGACGCUGGCCACCGAGCCAGAGCUGAAGGGCGCUGAAGGCGGGGCCGUCGUCGUGCCCAUUAGCCACCGGACAAAUCUUCUGGAAUGCGAUGAUGAUGAGUGGGAGGAGAUGCGCAACUUCAUGAAGAGCCUCACGAGGCUGUACCAUGAGCAAGGCCGUGAGGUGCUCUUCUACGAGAACGCCGCCGCCCCUCAUCGCCGACUACACGCCGCACUCGUUGCAGUUCCCAUCCCGUGGGACCUUGGCGAUACAGCGCCUGCUUUCUUCCGCGAGGCUGUGCUCUCAACGGAGGAGGAGUGGAGCCAGCACAAGAAGCUCAUAGACACCGGCAAGAAGGCAAGGGAGGGGGCUGGCAAGCUCGCGUUCCGGAGGAGCAUAGCCAAGGAGAUGCCGUACUUCCACGUGUGGUUCACCAUCGACGGCGGGUUGGGACACAUUGUAGAAGACUCUUCGAGAUGGCCCAAGGGUGAUUUAUUCGCCAGGGAAAUCAUUGGCGGUAUGCUGGACUGUGAGCCGGAUAACAUCAAGAAGCAAGGGAGAUGGAGUCGAGGUGAUCCGCGAGCCGACGGCUUCAAGAAGAGAUGGCGGAAGUUUGACUGGACCAGAGCUUUGACAGAGGGUCAGUAA